CAGGCACUCGCUCGUCCAGACUCCAGAGUCCAGAGGCAAACUCACCCACCCCUCACGCUACGCACCAAGGAGAGGCAAGCAAAACUGUAACGACUGCCCACCCCGCGCGCUGGUGAGUGGUGACCAUGGACGCGCCGAGCGGCACGGCCAAGCGCAAGCGCUCGUCCGCCGAAGCCCCGGCCCCCGUCGGCGUCGAUGACGUGUCCGACACCGAGGUCGAGGAGUUCUACGCCAUCCUCCGCCGCAUGCGGGACGCCUCCCGCCGGCUCGUCUCGGGCGGGGUCGCCGCCGCCAGGGCCCGCGCCCCGGCCCCGCGCACGCCGGCCUGGUGCCCCAGCUUCUCCUGGGAGGACUUCGCGCCGCCCGCCCCACCACCGCCGCCUCCAUCGCAGCAGCCCGCCGACGAGCGCGUCGCCGAGAACGCCUCGCCGCCGCGGCGACCCGUCCCCCGCGGCCUCGACCUCAACGCCGAGCCGGAGCCAGAGGUCACCCCCUCGUAGAGGCGCGAGGACGACGAUCCCUGGGACGGGCGGACGGACGGACGUGGGCGAGCUGGCCGUGGACGAUACUCUCCUCUCCUCUGUACCACCCACCGCCCGCCGGCCGGCCGGUGCCUUUUUAGCAAACUGAUCAUCUUCAUCUGUUAAUUUACCUUACCAGUGGCAAUUCGGUAUGUUUAAACGAACAUUACUAUACUGCGUAGUACUGUUUCUUUCUUGGCCGCGUACGUUUGUAUGCGAUGCCUCUCGCUGUCAUGCUUGUGUGAACAAGGGAGACCUGUAACAAGAGUCCAUUGAGACUGCUGUACUCUACCAAUUAACAUUGCUUCAUUAGUAGUGUC